CGGCGAAAAGCGAGGAGCUUGACCGAGAAGCAUCAACUCCAUCCAGAAGAAGUGGAGUUACGUGCUAAAAAAAAAGUAAUUAUAAAGCCUAAGUUUAGUCCAAUUAGGAGGUAAAACACGCACAAGAUGCUGGACCUAUACAGACGCACGGUGGCGCGGUUUCCUCUGGGCAGUGUCAGCUAUAUGUUCGCCUACGGAUCCGGCGUCAAACAGCAGGAAGGCUAUGGAAAAGUCGGCAAUGGAAACAACCUGCGUCCUCCGCCGGGAACCGUUGUGGAUCUGGUCUUUUGCGUUCGUGAUGCUAGGGGCUUCCAUGCGGAGAACCUGCACCGUCAUCCGGACCACUAUUCCGCCCUUAGGCACCUGGGACCGAACUUUGUGGCCAAGUAUCAGGAGCGUUUGGGUGCGGGUGUCUAUUGCAACACGUUGGUGCCUCUGCCAGAUGUGGGCAUUACCAUAAAGUACGGCGUGGUGUCGCAGGAGGAGCUGCUGGAGGAUCUGCUUGACUGGCGGCAUCUUUACUUGGCAGGAAGGCUGCACAAACCAGUGACGAAUCUGGUCAAUCCUUCUGAUAAUCCUCCCCUCAAGGCUGCGCUGGAGAGGAAUCUUGUAUCCGCGCUGCAAGUGGCUCUGCUACUUUUACCAGAGAAGUUCACUGCCUACGGACUUUUCCACACCAUCGCCGGACUGAGUUACAAGGGCGAUUUCCGUAUGAUUUUCGGGGAAAACAAACAGAAAGUGCACAACAUAGUUAGUCCGCAAAUCAAUGACUUCUUCGCCCUAUACCAACCCUCCCUGGGACAACUUUCCGACUAUGUGGCGGUAAACAUGAAGGGCCAGGAACCAGGGAGCCGGAAACCAGCCAUAAUCUUCGAGCAGGACAAAUCCUCAUCGGCUACAUGCCAACACCUGCGACAGUUGCCCCGAGAGCUUCAGAAGCGAUUGCAGCGAAAUGCCGCCUGUCGUGGCGACUACACCCAGGUGGUGAAUCACCUAUCCAUGGCCUCCCAGCUUCCGGAGGUGCUGCAGGCAUCCGUCAACGACAUUGUGUGGCGCAGCAGUGUCACGCAAUCGAUCAAAAAUAUUCCCAGUGCUGGCAUUCUCAAGUCAUUGGCGUAUAGCUAUCGCAAGGCUCAAAAGACAUUCGCUGUUUAGGUUUAUUUUUCGGGUUAAUCCCCUGGCUGCCAAUCAUUCUACCGACUAAGUUGUCCCAUCCAGCUGCAUUUUGUUAAAUACUUUUAAGCUUUAAAGUUGUUAACUGCAAUAUAAUGUUUAGCCCAAUCC